GAAAGGACCGAGCUGGCUUGAGCCCCUGUCUACCAAGCAAAUUCUUCCCACCCUGGCCUGACAGCCCUCCCGAGCCCAGUGGCUGUCACUCCUGACUUCCUGGGAAGGCAGAUGACAGUCACCACCAGGUGACAAGGAGUUAAGUGGGCUCCUAGCAACCCCAAACCACGGAGCUUCCGCCGGCGACAGCAAAACCUAGCAGUUGGUGAGCACAGAGUCCGGUCCAGAUGAGUGAGCCAUCUGAGUGAUGAAACCCUAAGGAGCAGUAGCAGCUUUUGCUCUUGCAGCCCAGCCCUCGUGGCACAGGGCUCGGGGACCCCACGGCAGGUGGGCGCGUGACCCAGACCGUGAACGCGAGGCAGGUCAAGAAACCAGACCCUUGGGGGCUGCAAGCAAUAGCCAGGCUGGACCACAAGCUGUGGAUGCAGGCGGAGCGUUGCUAGGAGACACGGUGAGCCCUCGCUUCCUGCGAGCCUGGCACACACCACACGUGGCAGUGAGGAUGCCAACCAGGCGCUGGGCCCCGGGUACCCAGUGCAUCACCAAAUAUGAGCACACACGUCCCAAGCCUGGUGAGCUGGCCUUCCACAAAGGCGACGUGGUCACCAUCCUGGAGGUGGGAGAGAACAAGAGCUGCUACCGUGUCAAGCACCAUGCCAGUGGGCAGGAGGGACUGCUGGCAGCCAGCGCCCUGCGCGAACGUGAGGCCCUGUCCACAGACCCCAAGCUCAGCCUCAUGCCAUGGUUCCAUGGCAGGAUCUCAGGCCAGGAAGCCGUGCAGCAGCUGCAACCUCCCGAGGAUGGGCUGUUCCUCGUGCGGGAGUCUGCGCGCCACCCCGGUGACUAUGUCCUGUGUGUUAGCUUCGGCCGCGACGUCAUCCACUACCGUGUCCUGCACCGCGAUGGCCACCUCACCAUCGACGAGGCUGCAAACUUCUGUAACCUCAUGGACAUGGUGGAGCAUUACAGCAAGGACAAGGGAGCCAUCUGUACCAAGCUUCUGAAGCCCAAGAGGAAGCAGGGUGCCAGAUCAGCAGAGGAGGAGCUGGCCAAGGCUGGCUGGCUACUGGACCUGCAGCACCUGACGCUGGGAGCGCAGAUCGGCGAGGGAGAGUUUGGAGCCGUCCUACAGGGCGAGUACCUGGGCCAGAAGGUGGCCGUGAAGAACAUCAAGUGUGACGUGACAGCGCAGGCCUUCUUGGACGAGACGGCCGUGAUGACGAAGCUGCAGCACCGGAACCUCGUGCGGCUCCUGGGCGUCAUCCUCCACCAAGGCUUGUACUUGGUCAUGGAGCACGUGAGCAAGGGCAACCUCGUGAACUUCCUGCGCACCCGCGGCCGCGCCCUCGUGAGCCCGGCCCAGCUCCUGCAGUUUUCCCUGCACGUGGCCGAGGGCAUGGAGUACCUGGAGAGCAAGAGGCUGGUGCACCGAGACCUGGCCGCUCGCAACAUCCUUGUCUCCGAGGACCUCGUCGCCAAGGUCAGUGACUUUGGCCUCGCCAAGGCCGAGCGGAAGGGGCUGGACUCAAGCCGGCUGCCAGUCAAGUGGACAGCACCCGAGGCUCUCAAAAAUGGGAAGUUCUCCAGCAAGUCCGACGUCUGGAGUUUCGGGGUGCUGUUGUGGGAAGUUUUCUCAUAUGGACGGGCUCCAUACCCCAAGAUGUCGCUGAAGGAGGUGUCAGAGGCCGUGGAGAAAGGAUACCGCAUGGAGCCCCCCGAGGGCUGCCCAGGCCCUGUGCACACGCUCAUGGGCAGCUGCUGGGAGGCGGAGCCCGCCCGCCGGCCACCCUUCCGCAAAGUGGUGGAGAAGCUGGCCCGGGAGCUUCGCAGCAUGGGGGCUGUGGCCCCUGUGGGGGGACAUGACACCGAGGGCUCUGCUUCCCCCCAGAGCCAGGAGCCCUGAUGCUUCAGGACAGAGUGGGAGGGUGCAGGGGGGGGCUCACACGGGAAGCGAGAGACUCCCCCCCCCCCCCCCCCCCCCCCGAUAAACAUCGACUGGAGGG